AUGGUGUUUGAGCUUCCAUCCAUCCUGAAGCAAUCUUCUUCUCCUCCACCUCCUACCUUUGAACGAGCACGCAAGUAUCGUCCUCCUCCUACCUCCCAUCACUCUUCCGUACAAGUCUUAGACGAAGAGUUUGGCAGUCCACGCACAUCCACUCAGGUCAAGCUGGCGUACCUCGAAUCUCACCCUAACUCGGACGCAGAGAGUGAGCACUCUAACCACCGCCUCGAAGAGCACCACGACGCAUCCUCAAGCAUCGCGCCGACUCCAUCUCUCGUCCGUUCUUCCAUCGGCUCUCCUCCCAUCUCGCCUGCAAGAGCCUCUGCCGAAGCCGACAAGCAAGCCCCCAACAGCCGACUCACUAUGACUGACGUUCGCACUUCCACUGAUCGUCCUCGUCCAAAGCACGGUCACGGCACCGCUGCUGAGCAGGGUGCUGCUCUCCGUGCUGCCGCUGAUCGCCAAGUAGGCCGAGCUUCUCAUUAUGAUGACGGGCACACACGUACUGUCAAAAGCUCCCGUCGUUCGUCUCGCCGUUUGGUCGAUAGCCCUUGUGACUCGCCUCGCACUUCCAAACGCUACAGCCGCCAUCAAGGCGACGAGCAGUUCAACGAGAAGCGACAAGUCGGCUCUGCCGCUGCUCAGGGUGCUGCUUUCCGUAGAGGUGAAGAUGCUCCUCUGCCUUCUGCUGAGCAGACUAGAGAGGCACGAGAACGUCACUUGCGUGCAGCAUACGGCCAAAUACCCAAGCUCGGCAAGGGUUCCCCCGUCAAGCCAUCCACAGGUAUCGACAACCUCGCGUUGUUGAUGGAAGACGACUCGUACACCACCUCGUGCUUCUCCAUCUACAUGUUCAAGUCCGAACUUGACCUCGAGACCGUCGAGAACUUCUUCGAGGUGCUUGCCCAGACGUACCCCAAGUACCGCUACGUUGUCGACCUUGACCCCAAGCUGUCAAAGAAGUUGGAGAAACAGACGCUCCGUCGUCAGCCUGGCACAUCGUCUCCUCCUGGCGAGUUCGAUGCCGGUCGCCGCACCCGCUAUGGCAAGGGCCUGAAGGCUGGUUCCCUCUUCUCCCCCGCCCGAUGGCGUUACGUCCCUGAUUUUGACAUCAAGGAAAACAUUGAGCAUGUUGCCCAGUGUCCCGAUGGCGGAGAUGACGCCGCCCUCAACAAGCUGGCUGGUCAUUUCCUCGGUCGUCAUUACGACUACUCCAAGCCUAUCUGGGAAGCCUUGGUGGUCAACCGACUCAACACCUCGGAUGGUGGUCGCAGCGCACUGAUGAUCAAGAUUCACCACUGCUUCUCCGACGGUCAAGGAAUGAUCCAGAGCUAUCACGCCGCUCUUGGUGCAUUGGAGCAGGGUGUCGGUAUCCGUGACAUCCAGAAGAAGGUCGACUCCAACACCUCGCAAAACAAGCGUCCUGGUCAGCGAGAGGCCAAGCCCACUGCUUGGGGCACCGUUCAGCACGGCUUCCAUUUGGUUCGUGGUCUCUACUUCCGCAAGCGCAAGUCCUUCCUCUAUCAAGAGAAGCGUUCACGUGCUGCUGGUAGGCUCUACUGUCACAGCAAGGGUAUUGACAUGGACGACAUCAAGAUGAUCCGCAAGGUCUACGGCACUGAGAAGCUCAACCUCACUCUCAACGACGUCGCCUUGGCCAUUCUCGCACGUGCUCUUCGUAUCGCAUCGGAGCGUGUUGAUCCCAGCAGAAGGCACAAGGACAAGCGUGUUGCCAUUUUUGUCCCUAUCUCGGUACGUCCUAAGGGCGACUGGUCUCUCAGCAAUGCCACUACCGGUUCGAUCGCCUGGCUUCGCUUCGAGAAGGAAGAGCAACCCGACUUCGAGGCUCAGCUGGCUCAAGUUCAUCGCGAGAUGGGUCGAAUCAAGAAAUCGUACGGUCCCAAGCUUCUCUACGACACCUUCAACGCCUUCUGCAAGCGACGCAUCACCUACCUGCCCAACUACCCUUUGCUGCGACAGUUCUACUACCGCGCCUUCCGCGAGUACCACGUUGCCACUAACGUUCCUGGUCCUCCCAAGCCAGUCAAAUUUGGCGAUCACGAAGCAUACAGCUACCACGUGCUGCCACCUUCGAGUCCAGGCAAGUCGACCAUGGCUAUUGGUAUGAUCUCGUACGCCAAUGACUUCUCGCUCGCCGUUUCAUGCGACGAUGUGCCCGAGUUCAAACACUUGGCUGAAGAGAUUUGCAAAGCCUUCCAGGAUGCUGCUGAGCAGAUCAUCGAAGCUGCCAACCAGAAGAUGACCAGCAGCAAGGAGGCUGGCGCGACUCGAUGA